UACAGUCUCCCAACAAUAGGCAGUAUCUCAGCUGAAACACUCUUCAGCACAAGGAUAUUAUUCCUUUCUCUCACCAAGAAGAAGAAAAUGGAAAACAAGACAAGUUUUCUUCCUAGAGAAGGAGAAGCCCAGCCUUCCAGGUGUCCAGAUAACAGUGCAUUCAAGCAGCAGAGGCUGCCAGCUUGGAAGCCCCAGCUCACCAUUGCAUCUGUGCUCUCCUGCUUCUUUCUGACAGGGGCAUUCUGCCUCACUGUGGGAGUCUGCCUUGUCCUGUCUGCAAACAGCGUCAGAGAAAUACAGAUAGAUUAUUCAGAUAAAUGCUCAGAUUGUUCAAAGCUCCGUGAAAAUUCCUCUAACUGGAAUAAGGAAUGCCACUGCUCUGUUAAUUUCACACUAAAAGAAGAUAUAUUGGGUGAUGUUUUUAUGUACUAUGGUCUGGAAAACUUCUAUCAAAACCACCGUCGAUACGUGAUGUCAAGAAGUGACGCCCAACUGUUGGGCCGAAAUGUCAAUAUCCAGAGGAGCAAAUGCGCGCCCUUCAGCACCUACAGGAACGGGACCCCGAUGGCGCCGUGCGGGGCCAUUGCCAACAGCAUGUUCAAUGAUACCAUUGAUCUUUUUUACAAUCGUAACUCAUCUGUGAUUCAAGUGCCGCUGCUGAAGACUGGAAACAGUUGGUGGACAGAUAAAAAUGUGAAAUUUCGCAAUCCUGAGUCAUACAAUCUCUCUUCUGCCUUUGCAGGGACAGCCAGACCCCCUUACUGGCAGAAGCCAGUGUAUCUGUUAGACGAGGAAGAUGAGAGGAACAAUGGCUAUGUGAACGAUGACUUCAUUGUCUGGAUGCGGGUGUCGGCCUUCGCCACCUUCAGGAAUCUCUACCGGCGCGUCAGGCGGGUCCGGCACUUCACGCAGGGGCUGCCGGCAGGGAAUUACACCUUCCGGAUUGCCUACAAUUUCCCUGUUACCAGAUUCAAGGGGAGGAAGCAUGUGAUUCUUUCAACCGUGGUGUGGAGCGGCGGAAGGAACCCAUUCCUGGGAAUUGCCUACCUGGUUUCUGGCACAGCAGCUACCCUGACAGGUUUUGUCAUAACUGGCAUCCACUUAAAGCUCAGGAAAAAGAAAACAUACUUUCAGAAGCAGUAAGGUUCACCUGACUUUCUGAACAAAGAACAGAAGUGUGCAGUGAACAAAGAAGGUGCAGCACAGACGUUUCACUCUUGCCCCUGAGCUCUGGACCAUUUUUAGUGUCAGGUUUGGUGAAUGUAAGCAAACUGAGGGACAGGGCUAUUCCAUCAUCUGAAACCAAACUUACCUGAGGUGCCAUUCUCAUUGAUGUAUGUGUGAGCCUAAUUUUGUUUCCUAGGAAACCUGUAGUGAGAUGAGCUUCAAACAGCAGAUAGCAGAAUGGAUUAGAAUUGGCAAAGAAAUUAUCUGGUACCAAUGUCUGGCUAGAAGUCAGGGUCCAUAUUAAGUUCUUACUCAACCCAGAAUUCAGACAACAUUUCUCUUAACUGAAAUGGAGCUUUGGAUGGGUAAAAAGUGAGGUUUUGAUCCAACAAAAAAGCUUGAGCAGGUAGAACUGACUGCUAAAAUCUGCAUGUGGGCCACAUACAUGUGCUGAACAGCUUGGCUUGGGUUUUAUAUACCUUUGAUCAGAAUAAUAAUUUAUUGUCAAAAAAUCAAAGCACCAUAAAAAUCCAUCAGUUUAAAGUGAACACUGCAGCUCAUGAAUAGGUUCUUCAAUUUUCUUGUUUCAUGUUCAAUAUUUUACACAUUUAGGACUAAUUUCUAGUCUCACAAAAUGAAGAAACAGCACUGAAGAGUUUUAGGUCAAGGAUAC